AUGAGCAGUGGCCUUCGAAAUUGUUCGAAAAUUCUGAAAAGAAAUGAUAAUUCAACUGCUGCGAUAGCUACCACCUCAACUGCCGCUGCUAUUAAUGCAACUUCAAAGGCAGAUCCGCGUGGUGUGCCGGUAAUCAGUGAACCGAAAAAGCGUGGACGUAAACCUGCACUAGGUCGGUCAAUACUGAUUCCGGCAGCAGUUAAAGAAGGUGCGGUGAAUGGUGAUAAUCAUGAUGGCAGUGCCGUAAAAGUAGAUAGGAUGGCAGAACGCGGUAAAACAGUGGCUACUUCCGUAAUCGGCAAGUGUAAUGAUCAGCAGCAAACAUCUACUAUUAAUGCUACAACUGCUACUACUACAAUUGUUAGUAGCACUGCUAAUAAUACGGACGAAAGUGAAUUGUUAUUACCGAAAGUGUACGAUCAUAUCACUCAGUCUACUCCAUCCAUUGCGGCAACCAUGAAUAAAUCCGAUGGAAGCAUACCUUUGGCAUCUACUGAUAGCGGUAUUGAUUCGUGCGUUGAUGUGGAUCACGAGAUGAAAGAUGUGGUAACAUUGCGCGAUGAUGAAGAAGCUUCACCAAGUGAGAACUGUAGCGAUGAUAUUGCUCCGGUACCACGGUCCAGAAGUUCUAUUCAUUAUGAUCGUAUCGUUUGCGGCGAUUGUCAUGCUGAAUUUUCGUUAUCGACAUUCGUGGAAUUUGUUGAACAUAAGAUUUCACGUUGUGAUAGUAAACGGACGCCGUUAGACGAGUUCCUUGCUAAUAUAUCACCAGCGCAUCCAUCCAGUGAAACUCUUCGACCCGGUCGUCGACGACUUCUGGUCAAUUGUCGCCAUCCAUCUGCAGAUUUCACUGAUACGUGUUCUCGUUACAUCCCGUCUUCAUGUGGAAAUGAUCAGAAUGCUUCAUUCAUGUUAUCAGCUAGUGAAGAUCAACAAAAACGUAACGAUAGGGUUGAUGCCACUACAGAUACGGAUACCUUAGAUACAAAACAAAGUACUGUGUCUUUAAGUGGAGGAGGAUCGUUAACUUGUCACUCUUGCAAACAUGUCUGCAAUGAUGUUUGGAGUUUGCUGAAACAUGUCUUCAUCGCUCAUGGCCUUCGUAUCUGUGAGGAGGAGAUGCCAUGUAUGUCUCGAACGGGAUUACCAAAAUCGACGAUAAUUACCUCAUCAUUGUCUUCAUCAUCAUCAUCGUCGUUAUUAGCACCAAAAACAUCAGUGCAUCCACCAUCUCUUACGUUCGCAGGUCCAUUCACCGCUUCCACUACAAAAAACAAACUAAACGGUAAAGGUGGCUUCAGUUUGAAUGCAUUUUGCUCCGAACGGUUAAAAGAGAUCGCUGAGAAAGCAGGCGAACCAUUGACUGAUUUACGUGAUGUAGUAAGUCAAAGUACGAUAUUGUCUAGAACUAACGAACAGAUAAAAGCUACCAGUAUUAGAAGAACACAGCAGUUAGAGAAUACCGAUGAAGAGCAUUCAAGUAAUGGUAUCCCAUCAGCGACUGUUUCAACCACACCAUUUCUUCCUGGUUCAGCUCUCAAUAACGUUUCCAGUUCACUUACCGCUGCUACAUUAGCUGCGGUUGCUUUACAACAGCAACAACAACAACAGCAGCAGCAGCAGCAACAACAACAACAACAGCAACAGCAGCAUCCUUCUUUGCAGAAUUUAUGGAUGCAACCGAACAUACCCAAUAUGCUGGCCUUGAUGCAGGAAUAUUAUGCACAAUUCUCGUUGAAUAAUGCAGCAUCUUAUUUGCUUGGUGCUGGAAGUCCAUCAGUUACCCCUACGAAUAACAGUGGGAGUGCUUUUAAUGCAAUCACCAAAAUCACAAGCAGUCCUGAAGAACCGUCACCUGUAGCACCAAAUUCUACAACACAGUCACUUGGAUUAGCCGGUUUUGGUAGAUCCGAUACCACAACACAAGAUCAAUUGUCCAGUCCGGGUGUGAAGCAAGGACCUUGGAAUGGUUUAGGAGCAUUUGGGAGCAAAAGACAGCGCUCGUCCAAUAACGGUUCUGAAACCCUGUCACCAUCAACACCAUCUGGAGCUCCGUUGCACAGUAAACUAUCGAGGCUUGAUGAUGAGAGCAAUGAGGAUACAAAAUCGACCUUGCUAAAUGUUGUAGAUGGUGAUGAUCUAGCAUUUGCUGAGCCAGCUGCACGUCGUGAUACAAAUGCUAAAAAGGAUCGGUGCACAUUUUGUUGCAAAGUCUUUACGAAUCGUUCUAAUCUGAUUGUCCAUUUACGAAGCCAUACUGGAGAAAAGCCCUACAAAUGUCGGCUUUGUUCGUAUGCUUGCGCACAAAGUAGUAAAUUGACUCGGCAUAUGCGAACUCAUGGCCAACAGGGAAAGGAAACUUACCACUGCAACAUUUGUCAAAUGCCAUUUUCGGUGCACUCGACACUUGAAAAACAUAUGCGAAAAUGUGUAGUCGCAAACAAUCAAAAUCGUGAAAAUAAUCAGCAGGUUUCUCCGGUUGAAGCAGCAAAUACAAUAGAUAGUCCAAAUAAGGUGGCCGCUGUGGCAACAUCAACACUUGCUGAUGCAACAUCACUGCUUGCAUUUUCCAAUGUAUCCUUAAAUGGUUCACAAUUACCGACAAAUAUCACUCAAAGCAACAAAAUCGUUCUCAACUGGUUACAGGCAAUGAACGUGAAUCGAAAUUCAGCUCCAGCUCCAACACCAACAAGUGGUACUGGUAUUGGUUCUAGUGAUGGACAUAGUAUUAAUAGUAGUGGUAUGGUGCUUCCUACUGGAAAAGAAGAUAGCAGAGGUACAGGUGGUGCUACUGGAGGGGGUGAAGAUGAGGAAAUGAUAGUUGAAGAAUGUGAAUCAAUUUCUGAUAUGCAAAAAACUCUUCUCAAACAGGAGACUGCCGCGUUGUCGUCAUGA